CCGGGCCGCGCCCGCCCGCCCGCCCGCCAUGGUGUCGUGGAUCAUCUCCAGGCUGGUGGUGCUUAUAUUUGGCACCCUCUAUCCCGCAUAUUAUUCCUACAAGGCUGUGAAGUCCAAGGACAUUAAAGAAUAUGUCAAAUGGAUGAUGUACUGGAUUAUAUUUGCCCUCUUCACCACAGCAGAGACGUUCACAGACAUUUUCCUUUGCUGGUUUCCAUUCUAUUAUGAGCUAAAAAUAGCAUUUGUAGCCUGGCUGCUUUCUCCCUAUACAAAAGGAUCCAGCCUCCUGUACAGGAAGUUUGUUCAUCCCACACUGUCUUCAAAAGAAAAGGAAAUCGAUGACUGCCUGGUCCAAGCAAAAGAUCGAAGUUAUGACGCCCUUGUGCACUUUGGGAAGCGGGGCUUGAACGUGGCGGCCACGGCAGCUGUGAUGGCUGCUUCCAAGGGACAGGGUGCCUUGUCGGAGAGACUCCGGAGCUUCAGCAUGCAGGACCUCACCACUAUCAGGGGUGAUGGUGCCCCUGCUCCCUCAGGCCCCCCUCCACCAGGGACUGGGCGGGCCAGCAGCAAACAUGGCCAGCCCAAGAUGUCCAGGAGUGCUUCGGAGAGUGCCAGCAGCUCAGUGUGUACCUGCUGCUCCAGCUGCAGGACCCGGAAAGUGGUUGAGGGAGAUGUGAAUGAGGGUGGUGUGAAGUCAUGGGAGCCCCACCAGGUCCAAAGCCCACUGGCGUUUUCUGACGAGGAGGAGGAGGACCUGUUGGAGUUCAUGUACAAGUAUAAGGCACCGAGGAGGACGGAGUUGCCCCUGGAGGCACCGCCUAGAACCCUUCGAUCCCGCUUCAGGAAGAAAAGUACCUCAUCCCCGGCCACUGAAACCACGUGAGUGAGAUGAGCCAACAGCACUGGAUCCACAGAUGUCUCUCCUCUGCCUUAAAGAGCUAGUCACUAGUAACACGGAAGUCCGCAGGCUGGGUGUGCUUCGAGUGUGCAGCCUCACAGACAUGGCCUUUACUCGCUCCCCUCUUCUGCCUUUAAGAGUUUUCUGUUCUUUCCUUUCUGUUCCUGCUGGGGAGAGGCUAAAGGGGAAAGGUGGUGGUGGAGGGUGACCUUUCCGUCUUCUGAGUUAGUAAUGUCCCACAGUUGGAGUGUCAUUGUGGCCAUGGUGUUUCUAGAUAUAUAAGCACUCUUACCCUGCUGCUGAGAUGGACAUUUGUAAUUUAUUUGUUGCAUAGUUUUUAGUCCUGUAAAUGCAAACGAAGUGAUCUUUUUUUAAAAACCUUUCGUUGUUCUUGGUACUAAUACAUUGGACUAUGAUGUACAUAUUUACGGCUUUUAGCUUAAUGUAAUGAACUUGCAAGGGCUGCCAGAGGUUCUCAUAAGUGACCGAGCUGCAAAAACCGGAAACGUAGACAAAUACUUUGAUUCUAGACAGUGUCUCCAACGUGCUUACAAAGCCAGUGCCAGUAGGGCAUGCCUUCUCCUGCAGGAAGAUGGCCCACGUUCUUCAAGUGGCUGUGUAGUCAGCAGAGCAGAGCCAGGAGCACAGGGUCUCAGCAACAGGAAAGAAGGUUGCUGAGUCAGGGAAGAGGAAGGAAGCGCAUCUCCUUGGGUUCAAGAUCAGAAACAUCUGAGCCCUUCUGGGGGCAUUGGAACUGCCUCAGGCAGGCAGGCAGCUCACCCUUAGCAGAACCGUUUGCGGGGGAUGGAGACUCAGAUGCUGGAAGAAUUCCAAGUAUCUCAGAAUCACUUGGUCAGAGUGUUUCUCCUUCAGGGACCAGUGCCGUGGCUGAUUUCUCCAGGAGGAAGAGCCUGCAUCUGAGCGCCUUGUUUUAGAGAACACUAUGCAAAGAGAAAAGGCUAAAACUAGGCUUUGUUUCAGAUGUGUCAAAAUACACAAGACCCUCACAUAACCACCGGAAGGCAGGAUCUGGGGAGGACUGAGGCUGAGCUCCACAGGCAGCUGUGGCUCUUGCUUCCUUCUGGCUUGUGUGGAAGAUGAACGGAUGGACUGACAUUCAUACUCACUCCAUGUCUUCGUGAAUGUUUUUUACAAGCCGGGACUGCACUGAGAAUUUUGACAAGUGUCUGACUUAGAUAGCAUUGUGGUCUAGGGAGCUGUCCUCCCCUCUGAGAGCUGAGCCCAGUUGUAGGGCUGGUCCAUUUGUGCUUAGAGUUGGUGUUUCCUUUCCAUGUGAUGCAUGCAGUGGUCACAACCCAGUUACUCCUAUUUGGAUUGUGUUUGUUCAUAGCUAUGCCCUGAAGACUAGAGAAGUAGUGCUGCAUACCACAUAGAACUGCCAAUAACUGCAGACAGGAUCAAUUACCAACUGCUCCGUUCCUGAGCGAUGCAACCAUGCAUGGGGGACUGCCAGGCUACAGUAGCCGGACCUCGGCCACUUCACAAAGGGUUCUAGGUGAAGUUCAUUGCUGCCAGAUACACCUAAUGAAAUUCUACAAAAGUGAUUCUGUAUUUUAGAACUAACCCGAGGGAACUAACCCAAAAGCUGGUGACUGGGAGGACAAGUAGUCUGCCUGUGGCCCACACCCAUCUGAACCUGUUAAGAAAAACAUCUGUCCUCUUCAAGCUCACCCGACAGUUCCAGACAGGCGAAAUGAUACCCUGUAAAAUGUAGAAACCUGUCGACUGGGUGUAUCUGGGAUGAAGAGAAACAGAUGCAGAAAGGCCCGAGAGAAGCAGCUUUGCAGUGUCCCCCAUCCCCCCAAAAUAAAUGGCUUUAGGAGCAGAGUUUAAGCCCUGCUGUAUUUUCACCAUUUACAGCGGAAGUCAUAACACGUCUAGGCUAUCGAGUUUGUACUCAGCUAUGCCAAAACCCAGUUUGAAGCACUCCUCUCAGACAUGCUGUAUUACUUCUUGUUCCAGAUUUAAGAUAUAAAGGUAUAUAAAUUGUCUUAUUGUAAAUGUAAGUACUCUUCCUUCAAGUGUUGACUAGGGAGUUGUCUCCUCUCUUAAAGACACUCACGAUAGAGCUGAGCGCAGCUGUCGUUUCUUGAAAAAUGUGUUUACUUUCCUGACAAGCUGUGCAUUUGAAUGUGGACUGACAUAUGAUGUGAAUGUCCCUGUCCGUGUAGUGGUGUGGUGCUGUCCAGUGAGAUAAAUGAAUGUUUCUAGUUUGCUGACUUAGACACGGGCUGUUUACAAAGUGCUAGCUUGAAGGUCUGCACUUGUCUCAGCUUUGAGUUACUCGCCUUGGAGCACAGGCCCCAUUUCUGAAGACGUGAGAUGAAGUCUCAUGCUUAUCAAUUGGAGAUUUAGUCAUAAUCUCUCCUGACUUUGUGUGAAUAGCUUGCUCACUGUGCUGGCCUUUGAUAUGUAUGUUCUCCACGGUGAACUGUCCAUGUGUUUGUGUUAAGAGUGCUUGUCAACACAACCGUCGUGUAGCCUUGCCAGUUUUCACCUUGCACAGUAUUUGAAGUGUUUGAAGUGGCGAAAGAUGUGCUUCAUCUUUGGACAGUGGCCACUCAGCAGCUGAUGUUCUGGAUCGUGACUGUGCACACUUCCUCUAGUUUAUCUCUGAAGUCUCUCUAGAAUGAGCUGUGAUUAAAUAGUAUACUGGACUGUGUCUCGAAGGGAUGUAAAUUGCAGUAUUCCAAAGGCUGAAGCUCUGCUGUUUUGUUAUAAUGCCUGAUAAACAUCUUGAAUAAAGUCUUAACAUUUUUCUUUAAAAAA